AUGUCUCACAUAGCCGUGGAGAGGAACAGGAGAAGACAGAUGAAUGAACAUCUCAAAGUUUUGCGCUCCUUAACUCCAUGUUUCUACAUCAAAAGGGGAGACCAAGCAUCUAUUAUAGGGGGUGUAAUAGAAUUCAUCAAGGAGUUGCACCAAGUGAUUCAAUCUUUGGAGUCCAAGAAAAGAAGGAAGAGUCUAAGCCCUAGCCCUACUAGUUUAAGUCCGAGUCCGAGGCCAUUGAAGCUAACUACUCAUGUUCCUCCUCCUCAACCUGAUAGCCCUUUUGGAACGGAAAUUGGUAGUGUUAAGGAACUCGGAGCAUGCUGCAACUCUCCGGUUGCAGAUGUGGAAGCAAAGCUUUCGGGCUCAAAUGUCAUCUUGAGAACAAUUUCGAGGCGAAUCCCAGGUCAAAUUGUGAAGAUAAUACAUGUGCUGGAGAAACUUUCUUUUGAGAUCCUUCAAUUGAACAUCAGUACCCUGGAAGACACAGUUCUUUACUCCUUUGUCAUCAAGAUAGGACUGGAGUGCAGGCUAAGUUUGGAGGAACUAGCACUUGAAGUUCAACAAAGCUUCUACUCUGAUGCGAUUUGUGUGAACGAGAUAUAGAGUAGGCGUAGAGUACGUCUUAAAUAGUAUUACAUAGUCGUAUGUAUGUACCAGAAGGGGAAUAAAAAUAGAGAGAAUUUAUAAAGAAAUUUUACUUUAAAAAAUACAAAAAUCACCAAGUCCUGUGGUUUGU